AUGAUGGCUGAGCCCGCCCAGCCCGAGCUCAGCGCGGUCAUGUCCCCGACGGGGAUCAAGCAAGAGCCCAACCACGAGGUCGACAUCCUCGAGGGCCUGGGUCUUGACCUUGAUUCUAUAAUGCAAGCCGCGACCAAACGGCCCUUCGAAGACCACUCCAAUGGCGACGACCCAAACAAAAGAGUCAAGGCCGAGACCGAGCCUGUCCAUGAAACCACGCUCGAACUCGACCAAGGAGCAGAAGAGUCAUUAGAGGAUGGUCUUGCGCUCCUCGUACAGAAUGCGCUCAGCAAUGCGAAUGACUUUGCCUUCUCGACAGAUGAUCCCAUGGAAAUCGAUGGGAUUACCGACCAUCCGCUUCCACCACCGCCUCCUCCUCCAUCUCCUCCUUCAAUCACGUUCUUCUCCGACCCUCAAACGUACUUGCGCAAGGCCAGUAGACAUGCGCUGGGUAAUAUGGCACUUUCCGUUCUGCUCUUAUUCUCGCAAUCCUUCGACGAUUCGAUUAAACCGAUCCAAGACGCCGAUUCACAACACGCCAAGUCGUUCCACCAGCUACAAUCUUCCUUUGCGCAGAUCAAGCAGAUCUACUCAUCAGGGCCCAUUCUGUCUGCAGACGAACCCGAUCUUCAAGAUCACGAAUCUCGCACCAUUCUCGACCUAGCGAACCUUGCUCAAUUCGGCAUUUGGCUAUUGCAGGCCACACCGUCAUAUCCCGAAGCUCACGAGCACUUCCACGCGAUCUUCCGUGGCCAAGUUUCCGACCUUGGCUCCGACGCGCUCGAUCUUUACCUCUCACUGAAGACCCAAGUUGCCAUCGAUGCGCUUGCCACGAAAACACCAGAGCAAUCAAACGAGCAGGUGUUGGAGGAGGCUUUGAUCAAUGGGAUGGAGGACAAGCUACGUGGGCUUCACAACGGGUUUGAUCUUACACCUGCCGACUCGGAAUUCGUCACUUCAGUCCGACUACGGAAAGCUUCGCUCGAAGGCGAGACUUCAACCGAGGCUGCACAAUCAUACCUUAAUCAACUCCAACAACAACAAGCUCAAAAUACAUACUAUUCAUCAUAUACGCAGAGUGUACCUGAGCCACAACCUCCGCCACCUGAGCCAGGUCAACACCUACCACCAAACCAGACCUGUCCCAGUGCAAUGCUGUACGACAAGGCACGUCAAGCUGCUCUCUCCAAAAACUCGUCCCAUACCAGAAGAGAAGGCCUUCACUCGACACGUCGGCCUUGGACGCAAGAUGAAGAGAAAGCUCUCAUGGCAGGCCUCGACUUGGUCAAAGGCCCCCACUGGAGUCAAAUACUCACCUUGUUUGGACCGGCUGGUACAAUGUCAGACAUACUCAAAGAUCGAACACAGGUCCAGCUCAAAGACAAAGCUCGUAAUCUCAAGUUGUUCUUCCUCAAGACUAACUCAGAGAUGCCAUACUAUCUUCAGGCAGUCACCGGCGAACUCAAGACUCGCGCUCCCACCCAGGCGGCAAGGAAGGAGGCAGAGGAACGCGCGAGAAUGAACUCGGAAGAAGACCAGGCUAAGCUCCAAGGUAUAAUGACACUCGCCGGAGGACUGCAGAACCCACCUAAUGGGCAGGGAAGAGCUGCAGGAACACCAGCCUCGGCCGUUGGUUCGGGGGUUAUGACGCCUGCUCAAGCUGCUUCGUUGCAGCAAGGCCAGGCGCACAAUCAAGCAAACGCUCACUCGUAUAACCCAGCCACUUCUUCGGGAUACCCGCCCUCAACGUUACCGCAAGCCAGGCCCAGCGUUAUGUCGGGAGCACAGCAGUCGCCCCAUCAAGCUGCUCGUCCACAGUCCCAGAUGUCCAUGUCUCCUCAAACUCCACGGUCUCAACACCAACAAAUACCUCAGCAAAACCACAGUGCGAUGCAUUCUCCCGCCCAUGCUCACGCAGCUGCCCAAAACCGCUCUCAUACGUCGACACCCGUCGGACAACUGCAUCACUCUCCGCCGGCACAACACACACCGACUCCUCAACCUGCGGCCCAACACCAUAAUCGACCUCAGUAUUCAGGUGCUCCGCACACUCAGCUCACUUUCCCCUCGCCUCCGCCUACAAAUGCUACACCAAGCAUGCACGCACAUACUCAUGCACACGUGCCAGUACCGGAGACACAUAUGGAUCAGCAUAUGCACGACAAUGCCGCGGAGGCAGCUCUGUUACAAGGCCUCCAGGCUGCAGUGGCAGAUUCUCUGUAG